GUUAGGCUCCUGCUCCCUUCGGGGCCACCCUGGGCCACACUGUUGGCGACUCGAGCCCCACUCCACGCCGGGGACUGUCUGCCCUGCUCCCCAGCAGGCUCUGGGAAGGCGGUCAUCUGUUUGUGCCCCGCUGGGCAGUCAGCACCCAUUCUGCCUCGCCGUGUCCCCUCCAGAGCCAUUCUUUCUCCGCCCUCUCGGCUUCCCUCAGUCCUUCCUGGAUUCCUGCCCCGGGGCCCAGUGGACCUGCUCAGGAUGACCUUUUUGAAAACCCUGCAUCAUGACCUGGGCUCCACGGGGGCCACCGGAGCAGGAGGCUGAUGGACGCCAGGUCCCCCGGGCACUGUGGGCCGGGGCCGGUCACUCUCUGGUGUGGGCGUCCUGGGUGCCACAGGUUGAGAGCAGCAGCCUGGCCCCCACCCUCCGGGGCCUGCCUCCCCGCGGCUGUGACAGCCACAGCCUCCGGCCCGGGGCAGCCUGGGUUGAGAGGCAGGCUCUGGGCUGCUGGGGUCAGCUGGCACCUCCCACGUGGGUGGGCAGGAGGUCCCGGCUCGUGGCCGAGGGCAGGGGAAGUGUUCCCAGCCCCUGGGAUGGCGCCAAGGCUGUUGUUCCCCAGGCCUGGACGGGGACCUGGUGGCCUAGUGCACGGCUUGGGACGCCGUCCCCAGGGUGUGUGCCCGGGGCAGGCACUGGCCUGGCUCUCCUCACCCACAGCCUGAGCGCCGCCGCCUCCACGCCCGACCAGUCUGGAGCGGGGUCAGGGCACCAGCUGCUCCCUGCAGGCCCCGUCCACGCAGGAGGGGGGACAGGGAGGGAACGGCCCGGUGGCUGCAGAGCCCCCGCAGAGGCUGAGACCUGGGUGAGGAGACCCGGCAGGUGACAGGGAAAGAACAGCUGCAAGGCAGGAGCCCGCGGUGCACAGAGCCCGGGCAGGACCCCAGCUGGCCUCUCAGCCAAACAGAGCCCAGGGGACGGCUCCCGGCAGCCCCGCAGCGGACACCGCGACAGGCAACCGUGGUCCCUGCACGUCACCGUGGGCUGUAUCAGCCAGCAGUCUGCCAGACAGAUCCCCCGGGACUCUGGCCGCACGCGCAGACGUUCAUCAGACAGUCACCACCUCCCGGCUCGGGGUCCGGGAUGGAGGGGCUGCGUGGCGGCUUGGGGGCUCUGGCACUCGGGACACUGCAGGGGGACAUCACAGGGGUCCCCUGACCUGGGCUCCACUGGGGCCACAGGAGCAGCUGCCAAGUGGGGGGGCAGGAGGCCUAGGCUCCUGGCCACAAGGGCCUCUCCAGGGCUGCUCACCGCAUGGCCGACCCCGCAGCGCUAAGGAGAGCCAACCAGGGCAGCGAGUCCCUGUCCCUGCCACCUCCUCUCAGUCAACGGAGCCGCCCCACACAGCACUCCAGGGCCUUCCAAGCCUGUGAACACCAGAUCGUGCGUCCCCAGGCCAUCCAGGUGGCCGACUGCCUCCUGGUGGGCACGGCCCAAGCGCCUGCUGGUCCAGGCUGUGGUCAGAACCUGCCAUAUGUUCAGGCCACCUGGUUCCCGGAACAAGCUCCCACCACAGCCAUGAGGCCCGGAGCCAGGCAGCCCCGGUUCUAAGCCUGCGUUCACUCCCCAGCUGUGUGGCUUUGGGCAAUCGACUUGGCCUCUCUGUGCCUCACGUCUUGUCCUUGGCAAGAGCCACGUCUCUCUGCGCCACCACGUAACUCACCUGCUGUGUCUUGCACAGGAGAAAGUGGAUGUCAGAGGGAGGUGACCCAGAUCCGCCCCAGCAGCCCUCCAGGAACCUGGCCCGAGGUUCGGGGAAGGGUCGCCAGCAUCCAGAACAUGCCUCCCUGCUCCCCAGCUUCUCCUGCCUGCAGCCGCACCCACCCGUGCCCAUGGCCUGCCCGGGCCCGUCACUGCCCGGUGCCUUCGACCUCCUGGGCGCGGCCGGCCAGGACAAGCUGCUCUACCUGAAGCACAAGCUCAAGACGCUGCGCCCGGGCUGCCGGGGGGCCGGCCUGCUGCACGCCAUGGUGCUCCUCACGCUGGGCCAGGAGACCGAGGCCAGGAUCUCCCUGGAGGCCCUGAAGGAGGACGCGGCGGCCCGGCUGGUGGCCCGCCAGUGGGCCGGCGCGGACGGCGCCGAGGCCCUGGAGGAGCCCCCCGACGUGUCCUGGGCCGUGGCCCGUCUCUACCACCUGCUGGCCGAGGAGCAGCUGUGCCCAGCCUCGCUGCGGGACUCGGCCUACCAGGCCGCCCUCCGCGCCCACGGCUCCAGGGGCGACCAGCGGCUGGCGGAGCUGCAGGACGAGGCCCGGGACCGGUGCGGGUGGGACGUCGUCCGGGACCUGAGUGGCUUCCAGCCCCUCUGUUCCGACCUGGGUGGCCUCCCACCGUCCUCGGCGUCACCCUCUGGGACCAGGAGCCUCCCGCGCCCCAUCGACAGCCAGCCGGACUGGAGCCAGGGGCGCUCCCUGCGGUCCACCAGCAGCCCUGGCUCGCUGGCCCGCAGCUUGGCCAUCAGUCAGUCCCCCACCGUGCCCCUCGCGAGCCCGCAGCGCAGCGCCCCGGGGCCCAGCAAGCUCUGCCAGGAGCCCCAGGCCAGCCCGGGGCCUGAGCCUGUCCCCACGGGCUGCCAAGAGCCAGAGGAGAUGAGCUGGCCCCCCUCUGUGGACGCGGCCUGCUCCCUGGAGCUGGCAGACUGCCCGGUCCCCAGGCUCCCUGUGGCGGCCCCAGCCCCAGCCCCUGCCCACCCCCCUGAGCCCCCCGAGGCUCCAGAAACCAGCAGCCAAGUCCCAGUGCAGUGCAUGGAGGGGUCUGCGGGCCCCGAACCUCUGCCCCUGCCCACUGUGGAGGCCACUGAGAGUCCUGGCCUUGUCAAGGAGAGGACACCACCCCAACUCUCGGGAGAAGAGACCGCACCCCAGAAGAGCAAGCCAAGCCCACCCCCGGCCUCAGCCCCGGCCCCCACGGCCUCCCUGCCUUCUCCCCUGCCUCCGACCCCAGCCUCCGCGUCCCCCUGUCCCUCCUCCUUUGAGUCAGCGUCAUCGGAGCAGAAGUUCUAUAACUUUGUGGUCCUCCACGCCAGGGCUGACGAGCAGGUGGCCCUGCGAGUGCGGGAGAAGCUGGAGGCCCUCGGGGUGCCAGAUGGGGCCACCUUCUGCGAGGACUUCCAGGUGCCGGGGCGCGGGGAGCUGCGCUGCUUGCAGGACGCCAUUGACCACUCCGGCUUCACCAUCCUGCUGCUGACCUCCAACUUCAACUGCCGCCUGAGCCUGCACCAGGUCAGCCAGGCCCUGAUGAGCAGCUUCACGCAGCACGGGAGGGAGGACUGCGUCGUCCCCUUCCUGCCCCUGGAGAGCUCCCUGGAGCAGCUGGGCCCCGACACGGCCAGCCUGCUCACUGGCCUCGUGUGGCUGGACGAGAACUCCAAGGUCUUCACCAGGAAGGUGGCCAACACCUUCAAGCCGCAGAAGCUGCGGGCGCGCAAGGCCCACUGGAGGAAGGAGCAGGACGUCCGCGCCCUGCGGGAGCACAGCCAGCGCCUGGAGGGCGAGCGGCGGCAGGCGGCCGCCAUGGGCGCCGCGUACUGGGACAGCCUGCAGAGCUACCGGGCCUGGCAGUCGCAGGUGGACCGGCUCCAGGCAGCCUUCGGCAGCCACUUGUCCUUCGCGACUCGGGUGCCUCACCCGUCUCAGGUGCCCCUGGGGGGCCAGGUGCCCUGGGGAGGCCAGGUGCCCUGGGGGGGGCCGUCCCCCCUCCCCACCUGGCCCGGAGGCCCCCAGUCGCCGCCGUGGCCAGCGGGCAGCCCCGCGCCCGCCUUCCCGCCGCCGCCCCCCGCGGCCCCGCCGGCCCCGGGGUUGCAGCCCCUCAUCAUCCACCACGCGCAGAUGGUGCAGCUGGGGCUCAGCAACCACAUGUGGAACCAGAGAGGGGCCCAGGCGCCCGAGGACAAGACGCAGGAAGAAGGGCGGUGACCAGCCGGGCCACGGGGCCGCCCUGGACCCCAGCACGGCCGGGCAGGGCCCGUGGACCCCACCGGGGCGCUCCCUUGGGGUCGCUGCCCCGGAGCCGCCCCCACGCGGGCAGAGGGCUUCGUGGGCCUGGGGUCGAGGAGGGACACGGGAGGUGGGGCGUUUGACGGUAAUAAAUAUUUAUUGAAGGUU